UUCAAGUGCCAACGGAUAACGCUUUUUGGUCAUAGAACUGCACUUUUUUAGCAGUGCCUUUGGAAGAAAUGCUGUCUAAAUACGAAAAAGAGCUUCUUGUCACUAUCUGGGAGAAAAUGUCCCUUAGGGCCGAGGACAUCGGUGCAGAGGCGCUUCUCAGGAUGUUUACGUGCUUUCCUAAAACCAAGACCUACUUUGCCCACUUAGACAUCAGUCCUCGAUCCCCACAUCUUCUUUCCCAUGGUAAGAGGAUUGUCUUGGCAAUCGCAGAAGGGGCAAAGAACAUCAACACGCUGACCACCACACUGGCACCACUCAGUGCACUGCAUGCCUACCAGCUGAGGAUACAUCCUACCAACUUCAAGCUCCUGUCUCACUGUAUCCUGGUGACGCUGGCAUGCCACAUGUCUGAUGAGUUCACCCCAGUCGCACAUGCUGCCAUGGAUAAGUUCCUCUCCGCAUUCUCUGCUGUGCUUGCAGAAAAAUACAGAUAG